UUCGGAUUCUGGAGUCUGGGCUGGUAGCGCGCGACUAUUGUGCACUGCGGGUCUCGCGCCGGGCUGGAGAUGCCCGCGCCGGGGGCGCGUGCGGAGACUGCCGCGGGUUCGAUUCCCGCCGACGACCAGGCGCCUCCCAAGGAGGAGCUGUGCCUCAGGAUUAAAGAAAGAAAAGUUAUUGUGGAUGAACUUUCUAAUCUGAAGAGAAACCGGAAAGUAUAUAGACAGCAACAGAACAGCAACAUCUUCUUUCUUGCAGACCGAACAGAAAUGCUUUCUGAAAACAAAAGUGAAAAUUCAAGCAUGUUGAGGCCAACAAAAUAGGUCACUGGAGAAGUAUCUGGCUCGGGGCUGGGCAGGUUCACAUACUCCAGUGCACAGGACCUGGGUUCAAGCCCCCUGUCCCCACCUGCAAGGAGAAAGCUUCACAAGUGGUGAAGCAGUGCUGCAGGUGUCCCUCUGUCUCUCUCCCUCUCUGCCUCCCCUUUCUCUCCAUUUCUGGCUGUCUCUAUCCAAUGAAUAAAGAUGAUAAAAAAGAAGUGUGUUGCUUUGCAUGUGAGCCUGACCCCCCCCCCCAUGCUUAAAUCAAGCUUCAGGACUACAGUUUCAUUCAUUCAUAGUUUCUCUCUCUCUCUCUCCCCCCUCCCCUUCUCUCCCCCUUCCCCCAAUUCUAUCUUUUAAAAAAAGUCAAGAAUUGUUCUUUUCCUU